GGUCCCACUAAACAACUGUGUGGACAGGACUGUAAACGACGCGGCUGGGAUUGGAACAAGAGUCCGCAGGCACCGCCAGGGGCUUGACACUCACGGAAGGGAAGCUGUUCAACGCUGGACUCGCCUCUGCUAUGGCAAAAAUCAUUUUGAGGCACCUCAUAGCGACCCCAGUGCGCUAUCAGGAGGAGUUUGAAGCUCGAGGCUUGGAAGACUGCAGGCUGGAUCAUGCGCUCUAUGCGCUGCCGGGGCCAACCAUCGAGGACCUGAGGAAAACCAGAGGCACGCCCCAGGCCCUUGAGGAGGACUCAGCCUCCACCGAGAUGCCACCCGGACAAGGCAAAUCCCGCUUCCAGAUCUUGCUGGAUGUGGUCCAGUUCCUGCCCGAGGACAUCAUCAUCCAAACCUUCGAAGGCUGGCUGCUGAUCAAAGCGCAGCACGGAACCAGAAUGGACGAGCACGGGUUUAUAUCCCGGAGUUUCACCCGACAGUACAAACUGCCAGAUGGUGUCCAAACCAAAGAUUUGUCUGCCAUCCUCUGUCACGAUGGGAUCUUGGUGGUGGAAGUAAAGGAUCCAGUCGGGACCAAGUAAAAUUGGUUCUUGUUCACACUGCAGGAUGAGAUGAAAGACAGCGGCAUGUGCGGAUGUCUAACUUUUGAGAUGCUUUGCUGUAACCUUUAUGAGGAU